CUCAGUCAUGCAGAGAUGAGAUUGCUUGGAGGGUAGAGCCUCGUCGGCUGGGUCUCAUACGCGCUUGCACGUGUGCAUAUGGAGCUGAAACUUUAGACACGCUCACAGUCUUCCCUCAUUCUCUCCUCUGUCCUGCUCUCCUCUUUCUCCUCUCCCCUCCUCCAGCACACCUUUGUGUUGUUUUUCUUACCCUCAUUCUUUCUCCUCCCUCCGCACCCUCACUAGCUCUCCCUCUACUCUGUCCUGUGCAUUCAGAUUUUUGGGUGAGUGUGAAAACUGGAAGUGAAGAGAACAAGAUGCUGAUGGUGCCACAGAUGUCCACGCUACAUGUCUCCUCCAGGGUCCACUGAAGAAACCUUCAAGACCUCAAGUGUGACGGAGAACAGAGGAACCUAAAACUUUUUAUUCUAACACUUUUUUAUCAGCGGGCACUUGCAUUUUGGAGACUGGAAUUAGUCAACCUUUUUCAAAAGGGACAGAAACAAAAAGAAAAGAAAAAAUGAAGACCAGGUUGUGCCAGCUUGCUGCACAGUUCUUUCUCCUGGGAGUACUGCUCCCAGCAGUGGACAGUAAAGGAACUUUGUAUGGAGGCCAUGUCAACCCUUUCUAUGGAAACAGAUACCACCUCUACAGGGCUGGACUCAACCCACCAAACAAGCCUAUGACCCGUCACAAAAACCAUUGUGCCUACAUGGUCCAGAAGAAUGUCACAUGCACCAUGCAGGACGGCGUGGAAACUUACGUGAAGGCCGAGUAUACUACCAAGUGCAUCUGGGGUCAGAAAUGUCCUGUUGUCAUGUACAGGACCGUCUAUAAACCGACCUACAAGGUGGGCUUUAAAACAGUGACCGAGCUCGAGUGGAGAUGUUGCCCAGGCUACUCUGGAGAAGCUUGCCAUGACGGAUCCCCAUUGCAGCCUGACGGAAGUUUGCCUCAUGGCCCGGGUGUGACGGGCUUCCCCCAUGGGCCUAGACCAUCAACGGACCCAAAGCCUGGAGGGGGACAGAUAGAAGCAGGCAAACCCUUCCCCGGUGUAGCCACAGGCCAAGUACCUGGUGGGAGUGAAAAACCCAACUACGGAGACAAAUACGGCAUUUCAGGAGUUACUGGGGAACGCUUGGACCGUAUGGAGGAAAACAUGCGUCGCCUCACCCAGGGUCUGGACACCCUCAAUGGGGUUGUAGCCACCCUUGAAGAACGUCUUCGGACAUCCCUCCAAGAAGGGAUGAAUAAAUUUGUGGAAUCGCUGCUGCCCAAAGCCGUGCCUGUAUCCUGCUCCACCAUGACAGAUGUGUGCAUUCAUUUGGAAACCACAUCUCACAAUCUGGAGGAGGUUAAGGAUAUGGUCAUUGACCACGAUGGUCAGCUUAAGAGGCUGUUGGGGGAAGCCACAGGCAGACCCAUCCCAGCACCUGACUCCAGCUCUCACCUGGAUAAGAUCUUGAGUGCCAAGCUCACGGGGUUGAGGACUGAGAUCAUUGAUGGCUUUGAUCACAAUCUGACUAAUGUGAGGAACCACUGCAAUGACAUGUCGGGGAAAAUGCAGAAGCAGUGCCACAAGGAGCAUGUGGAUACCCAGGAAAACAUGCAGGAGUCUCUGGAUGGCAUGGAAACCAAGUUCAGAAACGAGAUGGGCUCUUUGCAGGUUCAGAUUCAAGCUCUAACUCAGACGGAAAACUGCUGUGGACAGGCGAACAGCCUGUCUCAGCGGAUGCUGCGGCUGGAAGAGUCCGUAAAAAAACUGACAGAAUCUCAGAGUCAUCUCCAGACAGACCUAAGUGAAAAAAGCACCCGUAUAGAGACCCUCAUUCAGGAGAGAGUGUCUAUGGCUGUAGAACAACUGAGCAACGUCACCAUUCCAGCCCUUCUGGAGGGUCAGGCUGUACCUGAACACAAGCCUGAGUCUGUUCGGAAGAUGGAGGGAGACUUGAGUGGGAUUCAGAAACAAUUAAUAGACCUGGAGCUUCUCUGUACCUCUUCUUGUGCGCCAUCCAUCCCACCAGCCGGCAGUAUUAUUGAUACAAAAGGAGAAGAGGACUGUGCAGAAGUAGAGAAGAAGGUAACGGACCGCUUGGACUUGCACUCGAACCAGCUGGGCUACCUUAACCACACCCUGAACACCCUGCUCCUCCGGAGUGAAAAGAAGGAGACUGAAGGCUCCGUCCAGGGAGAGAUCACACUGAUAAAUGUCAAAAUCAACACCGUGAACCGCACCUUGAAGGAUCUUAAGGACUCCAUAGGUUUUAUUUCAACAGAAGUGGACCAGGCCACCUCAUCACAGGAACAGAGGGAGCAUCAGCUAGUCAACCAAGUGCAAGGAAUCACCAGACUCAUGGGCCACCAGGCCUCUCUCCUCGGAGCCAGUGAGAGGCGACUGGCUCAGCUGAAAGGAGAACUGGCAUCUUUGAAGAGGCGGCUGACUGGGGGCCUGCAGGACUGCCACAGCACAGCACUGGAAGUCCAGAAGGAGGUGAAGAGCGUUGACAGCAGGGUGAACCGGGUGGCAGGGCAAUGCAGCAACAUGGAGGAGCUGGCGGAGCACCUGGAGCGGAUCAGGGCUGAGCUGGAGAGAUACUCUGACUCUUACCUGGCUCAGGUGAACGGCACCCUGACCAGUCAUACAGAACAGCUAGCCGAGCUGAAAGAGGAGGUUAAAGAUUGUGUUGCCAAGGAUUCUGCCAACCAAAAAUGAGACCAGUAGCACUUGAGUUACAGUUUUCAAAGAGAGACUUGAUGUGUAUGUUAUUAAGCUUGUGUCUUCCCCUGCCUCUAUCCUCCGUUUAUCAUUUCAAAUCCCAUUUGCACAGAGGCAAAUUAACCCGACUCUCGAAAGUCAUCUCCAAUAUGCUACUUGCCCCAGUGCCUCUAGAUAUGCCGGGUAUUUACUUAGUUUAGUGGUGUGAGGAGAGCUAGGAUACAAUAGGAUACAAAGACCCACUUAUAGUUAUAACCCAGCAAUAGUUCCCAUGAGAUUUAUUUUAAAGGUUUUUUUUUAUUAUGAUUGUUUGAUCAAUUUAUCUUUUUUUAACUUAUAAGAAGUGACUGUAUUAUAAUGAUUGUAAAUUUGUUUGAAAAACAAAACAAACAAAAUGCUGCUACGGGUUUCUGCUGAGAAGUAUGCUCGACAUCAUCUGUGUGACAUCAUCUCUUGAGUCUCGUCUGGCCUUUUUAACAAAUACUGUAUGUCCACUUGGUGCUAUUUACACUUCUGAAAACAUCUUUUUUUAACAUAUGUUUAAAGAAUGGCUUCUAUUAUUUCCGCUUCACCAGUUGUUUGUAUUCCCCCCUCCCCAAAUUGUAGAGGAUCUUCAUCCUUGACCACUGGGGGGUAGUGAUGAAACAUUACAGGGCACGAUUUAUGGCAGAAAUAAAAU